AUGGCAUCAACAGUCGCGCCUCUGAAGCGCAUGCACGCUCCCCUCCGAAAAGCCCUCGGCAGCUACCGUGCUUUCGCCACAGUUCCUACCCCCGACCCCUCGGCUUCGCAACCGAAGGCCCGUCGGCCGACGUACUUCAAAGAUCGCAGCGUUGCUUCCUUCGAUGACUUUGUCGGCGGUGCCAAGGAGCAGCCCAUGUCCUCCUCGGAGGCCUACGAGAUCCGCACCGUCGAGGUGACGGGCCCCACGGGCAAGAAGAAGACGGUCACCCGCUUGCCUGAGUGGCUCAAGACCCCGAUUCCCGCCGGAAACGACAACUUCAAGGCGAUCAAGAAGGACCUGAGAGGUCUGGGACUGCACACGGUUUGCGAGGAGGCGCGAUGCCCGAAUAUCUCGGAGUGCUGGGGCGGCAGCUCCAAGAACGCCGCUACGGCGACCAUCAUGCUCAUGGGAGACACAUGCACGCGAGGAUGCAGGUUCUGCAGUGUCAAGACGAACCGCGCGCCGGCGCCUCUGGACCCGCACGAGCCGGAGCACACCGCUGAGGCUCUCGCCCGCUGGGGUCUGGGCUAUGUCGUUCUUACCUCCGUGGACCGUGACGAUUUGGCCGACGGAGGUGCUAGGCAUUUCGCCGAGACGAUCAGCAAGAUCAAGGCCAAGAAGCCCAGCUUGCUUGUCGAGGCGCUGACGGGUGAUUUCAUGGGCGAUCUGGAUAUGGUGAAGAUGGUGGCGGAGAGCGGACUGGAUGUUUAUGCUCACAACGUCGAGACGGUCGAGGCGCUGACGCCGUACGUGAGAGAUCGGAGGGCGACAUUCAGGCAGAGUCUGAAGGUCCUGGCACACGUGAAGCAGGUCAAGCCGGAGAUCAUUACCAAGACCAGCUUGAUGUUGGGCUUGGGAGAGCAAGAGUCAGAGAUUAUGGAUGCAUUGAGGGAACUCCGCAAGGCCAAUGUCGACGUUGUUACCUUUGGUCAGUACAUGCGCCCCACGAAGCGCCAUCUCAAGGUGGAGAGAUACGUCACGCCGGACGAGUUCGAGAUGUGGCGGCAGCGGGCGCUGGAUAUGGGCUUCUUGUACUGCGCCAGCGGACCUUUGGUGCGUAGCAGUUACAAGGCCGGCGAGGCGUUUAUCGAGAACGUCCUCCGCAAGAGGGCUGGCGAGAAGGCCGGCCUCGGUAGCAAGCAGCUCGGUCAGACAGUUGCGCUGGAGGAGGGGCUGAAGUCUACUACUCUCUAG